AUGGCUGCGGACGGUUCCAAGCUUGAGGUGGCUGGCGUCCAGCGUGAGAUGCCUCGGCGCUUCUCGAUCUGGUCUCUUGCCGCGCUGGCGUUUACCUUGACGAGCACCUGGCAGGGAACCGCGUCGUCUAUUGGCGCUGGGUUGAUGGCAGCAGGCCAGGGCGGCAUGAUUUGGGCGUUGACCAUUGCUGGUCUUAUGACAACAGUUGUUGCCGCGGGUAUGGCUGAGCUGGCCUCAGCAUAUCCUGUUUCGGGGGCACAGUAUUACUGGUCCUUCAUGGUCGCACGCGAUGAUUACAAGGCAUUUACAUCAUACAUAACUGCCUGGCUGACCGUUAUCGGAUGGUGGUUUGCGUCUGCUGCCGUCGCCAACUUCGUUUCAUCUACUAUUCUAGACAUCACUGUCGCUUGGACUCCCGACUUCGAACCUCAAUCUUGGCAGAAGUACUUGAUCUAUGUGUGUCUUAUUUGGAUAGCAGCAGUGGUCAAUAUCUUCUUGUCCAACUGGAUUCCUCGCUACAACAAAAUGACUUUCGUCUUGGCAAUCAUGAGUCUUAGCUCUACCUGCAUCACACUUUUCGUCAUUCCUCGAAACAACCAUGCCACUGCCACCACCAUCUUCACCAAAAUUGAGAAUAGAACAGGGUGGUCGAGUGAUGGCUUUGCUUUUAUGCUUGCCGUAGGGAACUCUGUUUUUGCCUAUCUUGGAGGAGAUUGUGCUGCGAAAAUGGCCGAAGAAGUGCCCAACCCAUCUAAGACCAUCCCUCUUGUUACCCUUUUCCCGCCUAUCAUAGGACUGAUCACGGCAAUUCCUUUCCUUACAUCGUUGAUGUAUUCAGUAACUGAUCUCGAUGCUGUCCUUACUAAUACUAGAGGCUUGCCACUUUUCGAGAUCUAUCGACAAGGAACUCAAUCACAUAUCGGAGCAUCUGUUCUGCUUGGGAUUUUUGCUUUCUUUCAGUUUAGUACUCUGAUCGCUUGUGCCACCACAACGUCACGAACCGUGUGGGCCGUUGCUCGGGACGGCGUCCUCCCUUAUUCACAGUACUGGGACGCAAUCCAUCCAGUUGCGGAAGUUCCCGUUAACGCGAUCCUACUGUCUGCGUCUUUCAUCUCGAUAUACGGAUUGUUAUUUCUCGGAUCAUCGACAGCAUUCUCUGCCAUGGUCAGCGCCGCCAUCAUCUUUGUACAAACCUCCAUCGUCCUCCCGCAGGCCGUUCUCCUCUUUCGCGGACGCGACCAGGUCCUGCCUCCUCGCUAUAUGAAUCUCGGAAAAUUCGGUGUGGUCGUUAACGCCCUCGCUGUCAGCUGGGUCGUUUUCCUCAACGUCAUCUAUUGCUUCCCUACCAGGAUGCCCGUCUCGGGGAAGAACAUGAACUAUGUCUCUAUCGUCUGUGCGGGAAUGAUGGCCUUCAUCCUGCUCUUGUGGUUCACUACCAAGAAGAAGACCUUCGUGGGUCCAACAAUCGACAUCAAGGCCCUUCAUGCUAGGAGAGUGGAGGGUAUGCAAACUGAACUCACUAUCAUCAACGCAGGACAUACUUCAGACAGCACUAUCGUCGAUGAAGAAAGUAUUUCCGAAAAGAAAGACAAAGAAGAGCUCGGGAUCAAAAUAUCGCACACCGCGAUAAAUCGCCGCUUGUCCUAA